AUGUUUCGACGGCAAUCCCUGAUCCUGGUAACCUGUUUGUUUGUGGGCGCCUCCUUGGCCCUCAAACUUCACGCUACGAACAGAACCAACGUCCAUAUCCAGAAACUAGAGCAGGAAAACAGAGAGCUAGCAGCCACCCACCCAGACACCUUUAGGAGCUGUUUUGACUUCUACUCACCCAAACUUAAUGCCAUUGUAGUGCAGUACGCGUCUGCAUUUGAAUACUGUACAUCGAACUUUACUAUGGCGAAGGACAUUAUUAAUCGAAACUACUUGCCAUCCUACUAUUAUAUUGGAAACCAGCUCAAAACUUCGUGCAUUCAUAUCGUUGAUUACCACAUUUGGACCAGGGAACAACCAACUCUUGAGGAACUGGUCAAUCGUCUGGACUAUAUCAGUGCAGAUUCCGCCCAGAGCUCAAAGACAUUCUACGGUAUUUCCGCAAAUGCUACCGAGGUUGCUACACAAUUGGAAGGAGAGUAUCUUACUUUAAACACCCAAAAAGAUAUAUGUUUGAAUAAUGCAGAGGUCAAGUAUGUGACGGAAACCGCAGACACCUACGAUGUCUUAAACGCAUGUCUUAGGGGAGAAAAUAAUAAAGUAAUCGACGUAUAAGUUAACUACUUCUAAGCCUUGUAAGGAUCUACCUACACCUGAGGCAAUGGAACAUUUUGGUUUAAAUGGCUCUAAAAAUACUUUUAGUGGAAAGUCGUUUAAAAAUUGAAUAAAGAAA